CACCUGGCACAAUAUUAACGGUGACUUAAACAAGCGAUGAAAUUUAACUCGCGACCGAACAAGAUAAAAAUCAGUUCUGUCAUGUUUGCAUUUAGAAGGUAUUUAAAAACUAUGUAAUUUGUUUACCUAUCUAAUUAGCUGUACAUUGUGUGCUAACGAGCCCCUGUUUAUUUCUGACACCGUAGACAAUAUAUUGAAUAGGAACCUGUUGUUGAGGAUCAGAUUUUAUCGAACUCGGAGCAAAGCGGAAGGAAUCUAGACAGGCUAUAGACCAAGUGAAAAAGAACCAACAAUAGAUUUAAAGCGUCUACACCUGCACUUUUAAAAACAUACAUUUUUUUUACCGGCGACAUCGUAUUUAUUCUCCCAAUUGAAGAAAACUUUGGAGCGCAUCUCGGUGAUUUAAUCUUUAUCGAUAAUAUGUACCUUACAUAUACCUGUCUAUGCGAUUAAUUUGUGAUACAAGAAUUCCAUAUUAUAUCGAGGACUGCAGGUCUAUACAGGUAUAACAUAAUCAAUCCGGGAGAGAAAAUUUAAUUACAGGUGCGGAUUGGAAUCACUGCAAGUCGUCAGAUAGACCGAGGGACUGGGGGAUUUAUCUCCGAGGUCCGAUUCCUGCCAGACCACUGUGUAUUACAGGACCAAAUAUUGACAGAAUUACGAAACAUAAAAGGCCAAGGAUUUAAAAAUGAAUGAAGAAAGCGACUAAUAUAGGGGAAAGGCAGGGACAAUCGAUUCACAAGACGGCAUUUAGUAAGGAGAGUUGUUUUCCACACGAGAGGCGUUUCAGUAGCGGGUGUCCAAGUUAAUUGAUCUAUCCACAUUAACGAUUCGUGUAUGAAUAGGAUAUACCCAAUAAAAAGAGGAUAAUUCAGUGUGGGGUUAACGUGGUUUAACUUCUAUAGUCCUUUGGAAAUUCGCCAACCUAUCGAUCUAAAGCACAUGUUAUUAUAAAAAGGCCACGAUAACAGAAGGCUGGAAUUUUUUAUAUAUGGUGACAACGGUCGUGUGUUUGGCAUCGCCUGAAUACCCUGGGUCUGAUACAAGGAGAUAUCCCGAUAGCGAGGACUCUGGGGAGGGCGAACAGUUCUGACAGAAAAUCUACUCUAAGCAGAAAUAUCUUACCUGUAAAACAACACGCAUAUAUACAGUGAGAAUGGAAUUUCUAUUUACAUGACUGGACAAAAUUUUAUCGAUCAUGUAAAAAAUUACAUGGAAGAAAUUGUAAAUGUAAACAAAAGGAUUUGAAGUGAAUUCAUAAUGGAGGAAGCGAGGAAUUUUAAAUCUACACUGAUAUGGCAGGCAAGCUGUAAUUCUGUGAUGCACCCAGCGCCACUUCGUACAAUUGUCACGCGAGAUCCCGAAUAUAUUCUGGAAGUACACGAAAACGUAGAAGACAAGACAUUUCACGCAUCUGAAACCCACCUUCCGGCGCCACGACCACUUAGUUAUAACUUUGACCCAGAAGAUUGUGAUCACGUGACCCCUGGGCGAACGCUGAAACUCGAUCACUGUGACAGUCAAUUUUCUGUUGAACCUCAUGUUAUCCAUGCACGUGAGUACAGAAUCGACAGUGGGUACGAUGAUUCCAGUCACUCUGAACACGUCUCUUCUGAUGGGAGUCAGGAACUUGUAGCUCACGAUGACUGCAGACCAGAAUCACCGGACGAUGAGGAUCGCAUGAUCCGAGCGGAACAAAAACUGGUCAAACGAGACAGUCGGAGAGUGGAAGCUAUCCAUGUUGAACACCACAAGUCGCCGCGACAGGCUUCCCUUGAUGAAGCUUCCCAUGAUGUUCACCAUGAUGUACACCACGAUGGUGAGCAUGGGUCGAAAACAAAAUACACUAAUGUUCAAGCACUAACAGCAAUGGCUCGGAUGUUAUCUCGUCCUGUCCUUCGAAAAGACGACGAACAAUCCUCUUUCGAUGAAGAGUCAUGUGACAUUUCUAUGUGGACAAAUGGAAGUGGGUCAACCGACUCACCGCGUAGUGAUAAUACUUGUGAAUUUGACAAGUAUUCGGAUAUAACUGUGGAGACCAGAAAAGCAACCAAACCUACGGUUAAAGACCUUGACCUCACACCAGAGAGAACCCGAUCGAAAUCGUUCAGCACAAAAAGGAUUCUUUCUCCUACCGUUCCAGCUUUGUCACCUAACAAAGACAAAUUCACAUUUUCUAGAAGUCUAAGUACAACCUCUAGUUAUUCUUCUUCCUCUGAGGCGACAACGCCGACCUCUGUCCCUGACCCCUGUUUCCGGUGUAACAAACAAGUCUACCAAUUGGACAAAAUUGGACCAGUUAGACGUGUUCUGUACCAUAAGCAAUGUUUUCGAUGUGCCGAAUGUAGCACUACAUUGACGUUGAAAAACUUUUGUCAAAACGCAAAUGAUAAAAAUGACAAGCAGGUGUACUGCAAGAAGCACCAACCACAGCAGGAAAAAUGCCAUGUGGAUAUCGAGGAUCGGAACAUCAAUAUCGCUCUGAACAAUCCAAAGCUAAAUCGAAUCAAUACGAACAUCCGGGGCUCUGAUGAAGAUAAAGCCAGAGGACAGAAUCAAAGGCCUAUUUAUGUCAGGGGAGCAAGCAUACCGAAGCUGGACGUCGUCUGUGGAAAUCAAUACGGAUUUAGUUACACUGGUGGACAUCCUGUAGAACAUGAUGCCGGGUCGCUGAACCCGAAACCAAUGAGGAUAACGAGUCCGAGAGAAAUGAGUCUGGAGGAAGUUGAACCAAAACGAGUCUGGACAAGGUCGGCCAUUAAUGCUGCCAGCCUCGAUCUGAGUGCGCCAAUUUCCGGUAGAAGCGCUCAUCAUUUCUAUUCCUAUGGAAGCUCAGCUUUUAACCAUUUAUGAUAUUAUAAAGCUUUUGUGUUGCCACCUGUUGCUACGCUACAAUAAUGUGUUCCCCUAUAUAGCUUAAUUGCGCAAAUUGUACUUAAUGCAAGGCCAAAGUAUUUGUUAUUGAGAUUUUUCCUUGUUAUAUAUUUUGAUAGGAUAUUUUUCCCCUGUACUGUGAUAAUAUAAAUAUUAUAUAUUUUAUGAAGCAUUGAAUAAUUACAUGUAUACCCAUUAUAUUUUCUAAGGAAUUGUAAAAUUUAAUACACCAAAUCAUUUUUGAAGAGACUCUUUUGUAUCUCCAAGUAUUCCCAACCUGUGUUAAUUGCUCCUAAUUGCAUUCAGUUUGUGAUAUUGAUACAUGUCUAUUUUCCAUAAUGUACAUUUCUUUCUAACAACCCAAAACUAUAUUUUAUAUGUAUUUUGAAUUAAUAUCGAUAUAACAUAUUGCCUCUACAGUAUAUAUUUUUA